AUGCUUAUACCAAUAUGUAACGAGAGGCUUCCUGUUCGACUUCAAAUAAAUGUCAUCAAUGCGAAAUAUCUUCCUGUGAUGAACAGAGGAAUUAAUUCAACGGAUGCUUUUGUGGAAAUACGAUAUCUUGAGACUGUCGAAAAAACUGAAGUUGUAACGAGUUUAGAUCCUGUUUGGAACAGUGAACCAUAUGUGUUUGAUACCGAUGAAAAGGAAAUAGCAGAAGAAUGUAUUCAGUUCAGAGUCAUGGAUCACGAUACAUAUUCCGCAAAUGACGCUAUUGGACGAGUUAUAAUCGAUGGAAAUAUAUUUAUUCAACGAAUGCGAGCAACAAGAGUGGAAAAUCUCGAGGAAACUGUUACCCUGAAGAUCUAUGAUACAAUAUAUGGAAUUCGCGGUGACUUAACGGUUAAGAUACAAAUUCAACUGCUGAUGGAGACAAAUUAUUCAAACUAUGUCCAAAUUUUUACAGGGGCAAAUAUUCCUGGACAUUUGCGAAUUGCUGAAAUAAUUGGCCUAGUUGACAACAUAAGAUGUGAAAAAGAUCCAGAUUAUGAGUGGCUUGAUCGUAUACGAACACCUCGAGCAACAAAUGAAGCGAGACAAAACGCAAUUCGAGCAACAUUGAGAGAAGCUGCAAUCAGCUUAGCAUUUAAGGCAUCCAAAUUAGGGGCCAACAUUAUUUUGGGGUAUAUUGAAUACGUUGACAUGGAAGGAUCAUCAUCGGAUCUUUUAACUUGUCGAGUGUUAGGAACAGCAGUCAAAGUUGUUGGCCGAGAUGUCGUUCCUCUUCCAUAUCCGAAACCUCUGAAGCCAAUACUCACAAUAGAAAAAGUUCCGCAUGAUCGGCAAGUAGGACUUGGCGCUUUAGUAACAGCAAGGAGUAUUCAAGUUUUGGAUGAGGAUGAAGAUCCAGAGGCUGUUCGAAAAACCUAUUGGGAUUCGCUGAGAACAGAAAUUUAUCAACAAGGAAGAAGCAUUGGAGCAAACUUGAUAAUUGCAUACUCCGAAAGUUUCACUGUGAACGAAGGUGUUGCCUUAUUGACAUGUACGGGAACCGCUGUUGUGCUUUCCGAUGGAUCUGAGAUUCCACAUCAAAAUAGCUUUGACAACAGUUUACGGAAUAGCCCAGUUGUAUUCAGAGAUUCUCAAGAGAAGGAAAUAAAAGAGAAGAAACCUUUAUUCAAACUUCAAUUUCAAACGCCUGAAUCAAGAGAGAAACGAGCUGAUUCAACGCCAAGAGAAUUUCGCUGCAAUCAAUUUCAUUAUCCACAAGAAAAUGCGCCAUCGAGAAUGACUAAAUGCUUUCCAUGUGCAUAUUGCAAAAACGGCUUAGUUGCGGAAUUUCUCCUGGCAACAAUACCUUGUCCUUCACCACAAUAUUACAUUGGCCCAAGGAACUUUAUUCAAGUAUCCGUAUGUAAAAAAUUGACGAGUGAUCCUCAUGAAACAACGGAUUAUGCGACAGAUAUAGGAAACGCUUUGCCUUUCUCGGAUCAUGAACUUAUUGGAAACUUGAUGAAUGAAGCGAAAGCGAUUUAUCCUACAAGCAACGCAAUUUUCAACAUUCAAAUGACAAACGCCAUAUGCGAUGACACACUUAUCUGCGUUGCCACUGGAAUAUUAGUCAGACUACUUGUUGUCCAGAAAUCAGAUUUGUCCUCUCCAUCUAUAACGAAUGUCCUCUCGUUUUCUUCUUUGCAACGCCAACACGAUGCUCGCCGAUUCUCUUGGGGUACUGUAAGAGAUGCAAUUCGAUUUAAACCCAGUGUUCAAUCCAAUUUGACGCUGAAAAUCCUGAACUUGAAGCAAACACAAGCCGAUGAAGGAAUAGCAACAUCAGCAAAAGGACGUUUACGUUUAAAUACAAUUGUGGAUAAAGUUCGACGAAAACAGCAACGAGAAUAUGUCUCCCACGUGGUGUUUGAAAGGCAUUUGAGCUUGUCUAUCGGAAUUCACGAAAAUCAAUGUGCAGGAAACGCAUCAUCUAUCGCCGGAGUGCAUUUAUCAUCAAAUCUUUAUCCUCAUUUUGUGAACAAGGAUUCCAUUGAAAACUGUGUAGCCGUUGCAAGAUUUUCCGAUGUUUACGUGAGAGAGGAUUUGACAACUGCUGUGAAAGAUUCCACUUCUGUUGACGGAUUUGUAACGAAUGCACUGGAAGAAAGGAUAACAAGCAUCAAAUCAGUGAUGAGUUUGUGCGGAGCAAAUUCUGUUGUCGCGAAUAUGCGUCUUCAGUGCCCUCAAUUCAAUGUUUUAAAAGAACAUGCUCAUAUCAUAAUUCUAGUUAGCUUCGAUCUAUACAACAUGCCAUAG